UUGUAAAACGUUUUAUUCGUUGAAAUUCUGCCCUCAGUGAAGCAACAAGCCGAGAGGUUGCAUUUAAAUUUGUUCAAAUAAACCCGAAUAAAAAGCAUUAAUAAUAACCAACAUGAGCGAGGAAGUGAACCCGAAAGCAUUCCCUUUGGCCGAUGCACAAUUGACUGGCAAGAUAAUGCACUUGCUGCAGCAGGCCCUCAACUACAAUCAGUUGCGGAAGGGAGCCAAUGAAGCCACCAAGACUCUGAAUCGUGGCCUGGCUGAUAUUGUGGUCCUGGCAGGUGACACCGAGCCCAUCGAGAUUCUGCUCCACUUGCCCUUGUUGUGCGAGGACAAGAAUGUGCCGUAUGUUUUUGUGCGCUCGAAACAGGCUUUGGGACGCGCCUGCGGUGUCUCCCGACCCAUUGUGGCUUGCUCGGUUACCACCAACGAGGGUAGCCAGCUGAAGUCGCAGAUUACCUCCAUACAGCAGGAAAUUGAAAGGCUGUUAGUUUAAGGACAAAAGUGUGUACAAAUUUAUAACAAAAAUAUAUAAGAGACGAAACUUUAUACAAAUACUAAA